AUGAGGCGUCUGGUCAUCGCCAUGAUGAUACCCCUAGCAGCCAGCAGACCGUCAAGUCCUGACCAGACGAUCACGGCACCGGCCUCCCUGCCCACCGACGAUGACCCAUCACAGCGCCAGUGGACGGACUGGAAAGCCUUCACCUCCGCCGUCCUCGAUGCUACAAACACGUACCGGGAACAGUACCAGGCGGCGAACUUGGCGUGGAACUCGACCCUGUCCGACUAUGCGGCGCGGUACCUGGACAGCAGCGGCAAGGCGACGAAGCGAGACGGCGAGACCAGCGGUGGAGCAGACGGAGAGACGCGAGGCGGAGAAGAGGAAGAAGAAGACGGUGACAGAGACGGAUGCAAGCCUGAGCAUUCGGGCGGCCCGUACGGAGAGAACCUAGCCAUAGGAUACGGGAGCGCGAGGGAGAGCGUCGAGGCCUGGGGCGACGAGGGGCAAGAGUACACGCAGGGCCAAGGGUUCACGGAGAAGACGGGCCAUUUCACGCAGCUCGUCUGGAAGGAUACGACCGAUGUCGGUUGUGCGAGGCGGCUGUGCGGGUCACGGCAGGGCUGGUACCUUUACCGAAGGGGUGUGCAUCUCUAA